UUUUAUUUUUUUAUUUAUGUUUGAUUCAAUUCAUGUAAAGAGUUUUCAAAUCUUAGCUUAUUAUUAAGUGUAUACUUAAGUUAACAAAACUGUUUCUGAAAGUACGUUUUUUUUUAGUUUUUUUAAUUUAUUUUUCUAUAUUUAGAAUGUUUAUGUUAAGUUUCUCUUUCUAUCUAUUUUGUGGGGUGUGAGAUCGAAUUGAAACAAACACAUGUGAUGUUUCAAUUUCAAUUCAAUGUUUCUAUAGCUAACUUACCUGAGAGCAUUUCAUUGUCGUCAUCAUCAUGCAUGUCCUGCAAAUUAUUACAACAUGGUUUUGUAGAUCUGUUUGCAGUGUCAAUUAGAAAGAAGAAAAAAAAGGGUAAAAGCCAUGCAUGCGGUUGUUUUAUUAUUCAGGGAGACCGACACGGGGCUAGACAAAGAAAUUUCGGAUAGUGGAACCAGUGGGAGGCGUCCAGAUAUUUCACUUCAAGUUCCACCUAGACCUUUAGGGUUUGGCAGCACCUUGCGGGCUUUGAGCUUCAAAAGAAAAGCAAAUGUAGUAAUAGCAGAUGGUGAAAGAAGCAGCCUCCUUAAUUCAGACCCUAAGACAGCUGCAGAGAGUACUAAUAUGGCCUCCAUAUCUGAAAUUGUAUGGUCAAGAUGUACCUCUCUUCCUGUUAGACAUGGACAAAAUGUGUUGGUGUCGCCUACAGUUUCUACGCCCGUGUCUGCAAGGACAUAUACUGAACAACAGCAGAUUAAGCCACCUAAAGAUGUUAAAUCUAAGGUUUCAAGGUCCCUUUCUGUACCUGGACGAAAUCUUGUUAUUGUAAGAUCUGUCUCUUUUAAUAUCCGCAGUGAACAGGAACAAGAAGAUACAAAUGAUGAUCAAAUAACUCCCGUGCCAGUAGAAGUUGUUGACGAUGAAGAAAUUCCAGAAGAGGAAGCAGUGUGUAGGAUAUGUCUUGAUGUGUGCGACGAAAGAAAUACAUUUAAAAUGGAAUGCAGUUGCAAAGGUGACCUGACAUUGGUACAUGAAGAAUGUUUAAUCAAAUGGUUCAGCACAAAAGGAAACAAGAAAUGUGAGGUAUGCGGACAAGAGGUUCAGAAUUUACCUGUUACCUUGCUCCGUGUGUCCAGCUCUGUUCAACAAAGAAACAGACAGUUGCAGGAUCAUCGGAGCUUAAGUUCAGAAACAUUAAGUGCUUGGCAAGACUUUGUGGUGCUUGUCCUAAUAAGCACAAUAUGCUACUUUUUCUUUCUUGAACAGCUACUGCUUCAUGAUUUGAAGACUCAAGCUAUCAUUAUUUCAGCACCUUUUGCCUUUACCUUGGGCCUCCUGGCAUCUGUUUUAGCAAUCGUUCUCGCAAUAAAAGAGUAUAUAUGGACAUACGCUGCUCUUGAGUUUGCACUUAUGGCUGUAUUUGUGCAUCUGUUUUAUACUUGGUUGCAUUUGGCGCCCAUUUAUUCGAUACUUCUUUCAUCAGUUUUGGGUUUUGGAGUUGCUAUGGGAAUCAACUAUAUGUAUAUCAAGUAUGUGACAUGGAGACUUCAGGUCACCCCUGAUAUCCCAUGAAUCUCCUCUGAAAGAAAACAUGAUCUUCAUGGAUUUUCUUUGUUAUAUGUUGGCCUUCUGGCAGUGUCUAAUAAGAAUCUCGAGUUCGGUAAUGAAUAUCUACAUUGAAUGUAAUAUACAACAACAACAAAGUUUUGUCCCACUAGGUGCGGUCGGCUAAUAUCUAUCAUUAAGUGUAUAUGUAGCAAAGCAAGAGAAAUAGAAUCUUUAAGACAUUUUUCUUAGUAUAAAAUUUAGUUCAAUGAAAACAAAUCUAUAUUAAAAACCUAAGAAGGGACAAAAAUCCCACCUUGCUUGCUGUUGUAGACAAUGCUUAUGGUUUUGGCAAGUCAUUGUAACUUUAAUAACAAGCAUUUGCAUGUGGUACCAUUUUUCAUCCAGAGUUUACAAAUAGUACAUGAGAACAAGGAAAAGUUAAUUUUAUAUCCAAAUGUAAUGGAUGGAGUUUAUAUUUGUUUA